AUGGACGACCUCACGCUGCCGUCGUCGCCGCCGCUCGUGGCACCGCCUGCGUCGCUCGGCCGACCCAUGGAAGAGAUCCUGGGCGACGUGGUCCCCGAGAAGCGCCGGCGCGUCUCGAGCAAAGCGUCCUUGUCCGAGGACAGCCAGAUCGUGCUCUUCGUCGACAACAUCAAGCGUCAAGUGCUGAGCCGCUUUAGCCUGCCCGACUGCACGCUGCACCACACGGGCCGCGACGUCUCGAUCACGUGCUGGCAGUGCGGCAAGAUGAUCAAGAUUGCAACGGGUCAUUUGCACUUGCGGAGCCUCAAGUCGCACCUCGAUCGGUGCAAGGGCAAUGGCGGCGUGCGCCAAGCGCCUCUCGCCGAGCUCGACCCGACCAAGAAGCGCCGCGUCUCGAGCAAGGCAGCGAUCUCCGAGGCCAACAAGGUCGCGCUCUUCAUUGACCGCGUCCGGCGGCAAAUCAUCAAGAAGUUCAACGUGCCCAACUGCAAACUCACACACAUGAACCGCGACGUGAGCGUCAUCUGCUGGAACUGCGGCAAACCGAUCAAGAUUGCGAGCACGCGCUUGAACCUCGCGAACCUCAAGACGCACAUGACGCGCUGCCACGAAAAGAUGCCCAGCACGAACGGCAAGGUCCACGAAGCCGCGCGCGUGCCGAGCAACGCGCCCAAGAUCUACCUCUGCGCCGGCCUCGUCUCGGACGAGAUCCGCACCUACUGCGCCAACGCGACGCGCAUGUUUGGCGGCUGCAACCGGCGCGAAGACAUCCUCAAGUCGCUCUUUGGCCUCCGGUCGCUCAAGAACCUCAGUCCGCAGCAACUUCUCGAGUUUCAGCAAUAUGAGUUUAGCACGCGCAAGUGGAACAUCAUUGGCACGACCAUCUUCUCGGUCGACUGCGUCAAGGUGCAGAGCCUCGGGCAGACGUGCACCGAGUGCCUUGGGCUCUACCGCAACGCUGCGUUUACGAGCACGCUCAGCAAGUACCGCAUCAAGGCGCAAAAGAUCGCGCAGGGCCAAAUCAACCAAGACAACAUCAAGUUUAUCCCCAAAAUCUACCUCCAAAACCCCGGCGCCGCUCUCGCGCGCUCGUUCGAGUCGAGGGCCAAGCGAGAGACGGGAGUCAUCGUGUCCAUCUAA